CAGAACUCCGGAGUCCGUCUCUGGUUAUUCCUCGAUACAACAAAAACACACAACAAGAAGUCUCUCUCCGCAAACUACUUUCCUUCGUUCUCCUCUUUCGCUCGGAAUGGCAGACUGGGGAAGCAAGUAUACCGCAUGGGCUCCUAGAAUCUACUUCUUUCUGAUUUUCUUGCAGAUCCCUCUCUUCAGGGUUCCUUGUCGAUCUGGGAUGUGUACAACACCAAUGGAGGUGACGUCUUCUCAGUUGAUUGCAAGUGAAAUCUUUCCUGCAAAUGUAGUGAAGGCCAUGAUCUACCCUGGAGCCGUGGCACAUGGACUCGUCAAGAAUAUGACAGUACCAAGUUGGAAUUACUUAUUUAACAUCUAUAACCUUACUGAUGCCAAGGAGUACUCGCCUGUAGCUGAUCUGCAGCGUUUAGAGGUUCUUGCAGGAAGCUACUUCUCUGUGGCAGGAGCUCUUGUAGGUCUCCUGAAACCUGGAAGAAUGAGCAUGUUUGGAACUCUCCUUCUGAUUUGGGGUCUUGUUAAGGAAGGAAUCCUUGGGAAACCAGUGAACACAGAUCCUGCAACAGCCGUUUUUGUUUAUCCAACAAUGUUAAUUGCACUUGUGUGUGCUUUCUCAUCUAUAAACUACACAAAGCCCAAGAGAAGUAGCACUGUUAGGCCGGUUGCAAAACCUAUGCCUGGUUCUUCAAAAUCAAAACUAAGAUGAAAUGAUAAUGCUAGUACUGAUGCAAUGGCAUGUACUGUUUAAAUUUUAACCUUCGAGUAUCAUUUUUUUUCACUCGUCAUCUUGUGUACCAUGAACUCUACAAUGUAGCUUUAGUUAGAGAUUUCUGUUUUUGUAUCUGAAAGUUCAACUAUCAAAUAUUUGUUACUACUUUUAUUCA